AUGGAGUCCCUUUAUAACAACGAUCUGAGGAAGGAUUACCGAAAGCGCUUAUCACUUUUGGAAGAAUUUGUUCUUCACAUUGAUGAGUUGAAGAUGUUGGAUGACAGAAUACAAAAGAGGGUAGAAAAACUAGAACAACAGUGCCAGAGAGAAGCCAAGGAAUUUGCCAAAAAAGUUCAGGAUUUACAAAAGAGUAAUCAGGUUGCCUUCCAGCAUUUUCAGGAACUGGAUGAGCACAUCAGCUAUGUUGCAACAAAGGUCUGUCACCUUGGUGACCAACUGGAGGGGGUAAACACACCACGGCAACGGGCUGUAGAGGCUCAGAAGCUGAUGAAGUACUUUAAUGAGUUUCUGGAUGGAGAGCUAAAGUCUGAUGUUUUUACAAAUCCUGAAAAGAUUAAAGAGGCAGCUGACAUUAUUCAGAAAUUGCACCUGAUUGCUCAGGAGUUGCCUUUUGACAGGUAAGUCGGCCGAUAAUUUCCUACAUGCUAAUGUUCCAUUGUUACUGUAUUGCG